AGUAAUUUUUCUUUCCAGGAACGAUGUCGUUUCAUCUAUGCUCUUUCCGUCUGCACAUCCUCUCUUUCAAUUUCUGUCUUCUCCUUCAAGCCGUCUCUUUCUCAAAACUCUCUUCUCUUCUGACUCACCAAUCUCACUGAAAAUCUGACAAUUAUUGUGAUUAACGAGACUAAAUAAUUCAUCUUCUAAUAUUAGGAAAAGAGAGACAGUAGAUCUGAGAAUUUUUAUUGCUUCUCUCUCUUUCCACGCGUGCUUUCUCUUCGUCGUCGUCUACCCGUGCCCGCGACAGAGCCACCGUGGCAACCUUUCUCGACAAUCUCCAGCAACCACUACGGAGUUGAAUGGCAAUGGAUAUCAACAUCAAGGAAAGCUCUUCUCCUCAUCCCAAAUGGAGAAAAGUAGCAUAUGGAGGGAUGCAACCUGGGUUUGAUGACAAUCACACUGAUGAUUCUUUUCUCGAAGAUAUGGUUAUGAAUGCUAGCGUUGUUAAAAGGGACCUGCUGAAAGUGAUCCAAGACUCAGUUUCCAUCUCUCAGUAUCUAUGCAUUGUUGCACUUGUCGGCUUGGUUUGGACCUAUACCCUGCAAUCUAUCCUUAAUGAAAGUUCCCUCUUACUUCUUGAUGUGGGCCUUCUCGGAUCAGGUUUCCUUGUGCUGCUUUUAACCAGGGAAAUGCUCUCUCUCAAUCUUCUCUUCCAUUAUAUCCUCAAUAUUUCUUUUUUUACGACGGGAUUAUAUGUGUUGGCUCCAAUCUAUCACACUCUCACAAGGUCCAUAAGUUCCGAUUCUAUUUGGGCAGUAGCUGUUUCACUUAUCAUACUUCAUCUUUUCCUGCAUGAUUAUUCAGGAUCCGCAAUUAGAGCUCCUGGGGCUCUGAAAAACCCGAACUUGACCAGUUGCAUCUCUUUAAAUGCUUCUGUUGUUGCCUCUGUUUUUAUUGCAUCUCGCCUUCCAUCAAGGCUACAGGUUUUUGCUAUAAUGCUGUUUUCCUUGCAAGUUUUUCUUUUUGCUCCAUUUGUCACUUACUGUAUUAAGAAAUACUCCUUUAGAUUGCAUCUUGUCUUUUCCUCUGGGUUGAUGGCUGUUACCUUGGCAUUUGUUUAUAUGUUGCACGGGUUACUUUUUGUGCUGUUGUUGGGUUUAUUGGUGUUUGUAAGUGUGGUUUGUCCUUAUUGGCUGAUUAAAAUUCAGGAGUACAAGUUUGAGAUAAAUGGUCCUUGGGAUGAGGCUAAACUUUGUUUCGAUAUAACAGAUUGAGAUUAUCUUGUAUGAAUCAAUGAAAAGUCGAGCAUGUUAAUUUUCAA